CGGGGGAGGCUGGCAGCGGCGCCGGUAGCGCGGGGAGAGGGGCGCCGUGGGCUGAGCGCUCCCGGCGAGAGGAGUCCGCUCCAUGCGUGCGGGCCGAGCCCGGCCCCUGCGAGCCGCCGACAUGAAGAAAGACGUGCGGAUCCUGCUGGUGGGAGAACCUAGAGUUGGGAAGACAUCACUGAUUAUGUCCCUGGUCAGUGAAGAAUUCCCAGAAGAGGUUCCUCCACGGGCAGAAGAAAUUACCAUUCCAGCUGAUGUUACCCCUGAGAGAGUUCCAACACACAUCGUAGAUUACUCAGAAGCAGAACAGAGUGAUGAACAGCUUCAUCAAGAGAUAUCACAGGCUAAUGUCAUCUGCAUAGUUUAUGCUGUUAACAACAAGCAUUCUAUUGAUAAGGUAACAAGUCGAUGGAUUCCUCUCAUAAAUGAAAGAACGGACAAAGACAGCAGGCUGCCUUUGAUACUGGUUGGGAACAAAUCCGAUCUGGUGGAAUACAGUAGUAUGGAGACCAUCCUUCCCAUUAUGAACCAGUACACAGAAAUAGAAACCUGUGUGGAGUGUUCAGCAAAAAACCUGAAGAAUAUAUCAGAGCUCUUUUAUUAUGCACAGAAAGCUGUUCUGCAUCCUACAGGGCCUCUGUACUGCCCAGAGGAGAAGGAGAUGAAACCAGCCUGUAUAAAAGCCCUCACCCGUAUAUUUAAAAUAUCUGAUCAAGAUAAUGAUGGCACUCUCAAUGAUGCUGAACUCAACUUCUUUCAGAGAAUUUGUUUCAACACUCCAUUAGCUCCCCAAGCUCUGGAAGAUGUCAAGAAUGUAGUCCGAAAACACAUAAGUGACGGUGUGGCUGAUAGUGGAUUGACAUUGAAAGGUUUUCUUUUUUUACACACACUUUUUAUCCAGAGAGGGAGACACGAAACUACUUGGACUGUGCUUCGACGAUUUGGUUAUGAUGAUGAUCUGGAUUUGACACCUGAAUAUCUAUUCCCCUUGCUAAAAAUACCUCCUGAUUGUACUACUGAAUUAAAUCAUCACGCAUAUUUGUUUCUCCAAAGCACCUUUGACAAGCAUGAUUUGGAUAGAGACUGUGCUCUGUCACCUGAUGAGCUUAAAGAUUUGUUUAAAGUUUUCCCUUACAUACCGUGGGGGCCAGAUGUGAAUAACACAGUUUGUACAAAUGAAAGAGGCUGGAUAACCUACCAGGGAUUUCUUUCCCAGUGGACGCUCACGACCUAUUUAGACGUCCAGCGCUGCCUGGAGUAUUUGGGCUACCUAGGCUAUUCAAUAUUGACCGAGCAAGAGUCCCAAGCUUCAGCCAUUACAGUAACAAGAGAUAAAAAGAUAGACCUUCAGAAAAAACAAACUCAAAGAAAUGUGUUCAGAUGUAAUGUAAUUGGGAUGAAAAACUGUGGGAAGAGUGGAGUUCUUCAGGCUCUUCUUGGAAGAAACUUAAUGAGACAGAAGAAAAUUCGUGAUGAUCAUAAAUCCUACUAUGCAAUUAACACUGUUUAUGUCUACGGACAAGAGAAAUACUUGUUGUUGCAUGAUAUCUCAGAAUCGGAAUUUCUAACUGAGGCUGAGAUCAUUUGUGAUGUUGUGUGCCUGGUGUAUGACGUCAGUAACCCCAAAUCCUUUGAAUACUGUGCUAGGAUUUUUAAGCAACACUUCAUGGACAGCAGAAUACCUUGCUUAAUCGUAGCUGCAAAGUCAGACCUGCAUGAAGUUAAACAAGACUAUAGUAUUUCACCUGCUGAUUUCUGCAGGAAACACAAAAUGCCUCCACCACAAGCCUUCACUUGCAAUACUGCUGAUGCACCCAGUAAAGAUAUCUUCGUUAAAUUGACAACAAUGGCCAUGUACCCAGAGGAUCAUUACAGAGACAGACUCUCCCGAGACACGGGCAACCCUGAUAGGAUAGAGAAUUUGAGAAAAAUCUGGGUCUUUCUAAAAACUGCUUUGCACGUGACACAAGCUGACCUCAAGAGCUCCACGUUUUGGCUUCGAGCAAGUUUUGGUGCUACUGUUUUUGCAGUUUUGGGUUUUGCAAUGUACAGAGCAUUGUUGAAACAGCGAUGAUUAAAAAAAAAAAAAAAUACUGGCCCCACCAAAAACAAAUACUUUUAUGUAUUUAUGUAUGCUUUAAAUUCUGCUAGAAAUAUUGAGAUAUUUAUACAUGCAGAGUUACUUUAUUAAUAUUUGUAAUUCAUGCAUAAGAGUAUUUUAAUGAUAGUUAUAACUGCAGUAUUGACUAGCAUUGGAAAGAAACAGCUUAACAGCCAAACUAAAAUGGCUAAAUUUCAGAGGCCAAAAGGGAAUAUUUUGUAAAUAAUGUACAUAUUCAGGCAAGAUAUGGUCUCCCACACUGAAUUCUAGAAAUGAUGUUUCUAGACGUUUCUACAUGGUAUUGUUAGUGUUCAGUUGGCUCAUUCUCCUAGGUCUAAGCUCAGAGAUUGUAUUUACUCAUGGAUUACUUAUUUAUUUCACAUUUUACUUAGAAUGAUCCCUCUGGGUUCUUCAAAGAACACGAGGCACAAUUGGCCAUUUUCUCUCCAUUUUUAAAAACAGAUGAGUCAUGUCAGCUUACACUUCUCCUUCAGCCACUCAUGGUAGGUCAGCCUUGAAGCCAUCGUGCAGUCUAGAAAAUUGCACAGCUGAGUGUUGAAGUGCUUCUUUAAGGAAGGAGUGAGUUCCUGGCAAUUAGCAGAGGCGUUGCCUAUAUGAUUAUGUUGCUUCCUUUGUCUGUAUGUUGAAUUUUAUAGCCCUUUCAAUCAAAUGAGAAAAAAAGAUUUGUAUAUUAUCAAUGUUUUUAGUUUAAAUAAACAGUCACCAUUCCUACUAUGGAAUUUCUUCCCAAAGUGUGUACAUCAUUCUCUAGUGGCUGUGUCUGUUCUAGUGUCUUAACAAUAGCUGCAUGUGUCAUACCGUUCUCCAUCCGGCUAGGAUAACCUAGAAGCAGCACUUUUGUAAAUGGUAAAGUAAAUCUAAUGAAUAUAAACUCUCAUGAUAAACCUAUUUUUUUCCAUCAUCGAACUUUUCAAGUAUUUAAAUAAAUAACUGCUGUGUACCGUGA